AGGCGGGUGCGCAGCGCUACACCACAACAAACGUGUGCCUGACGUGGGCCGGUGGACGCUAGGCGGAGAACUUUCCUCAAAAAACCCACUCCAGAAGUGAACAGAGACCAUGGCAAAGCAUCAUCCUGAUCUGAUCUUCUGCCGCAAGCAGCCCGGGGUGGCCAUUGGACGACUGUGUGAGAAGUGUGACGGGAAGUGUGUGAUUUGUGACUCCUACGUGCGGCCCUGCACCCUGGUCAGGAUAUGUGACGAGUGCAACUACGGUUCCUACCAGGGCCGCUGUGUCAUCUGUGGAGGCCCAGGAGUGUCUGACGCCUACUACUGCAAGGAGUGCACGGUGCUGGAGAAGGAUCGGGACGGCUGCCCAAAGAUCGUCAACCUCGGCUCCUCCAAGACGGACUUGUUUUACGAGAGGAAGAAAUACGGUUUCAAAAAGAGAUGAGGCGGGCUGUGGGUGGGCGCGGGGUGUGAUGGGGCUUUUGUAUCUGGAGACAUUUUCAUUUUAUAUUCAUUAUAUGUGAUGUUCAUUAAUGAUUAAAUAUAUUUUUGUUUACAGGUAUACAUAUUAUUACUGACCUUCCUUUGGUUUUUCAAAUUAAAAUAAUAUAAUUAAUGGAGGCCAUGUAUAUUAUGUAUUACUUAUGAACAUUACUUAAGUGAAAGUAAAACAAUGCUACAAACCACUAAGAUGAUUAAAGAAACAAAACAAAACAGAAAGGCAGCCAACAUACAAGUUAUAUCAAAACAUGCAGGAGAGGUUAUUUUGAGGGCCACCUUGUUCCCAAAGUGCUAGAGAUAUAACAAAACCUUGUUAUAUCUUUUAGAAGGGCCAGUCUAUGUGACCUCUUGAAAAUGUGUCUAUGCAUUAUAUGGGUAAACAUUUUUAUCAUGUAGGAAUAAACAGCAUUGCUAUGAAUUAAUAAAAAUUUUCCACAAUAA